AGAGCUGUCCUGAUGUAUAUAUGCAAGUAGGGAGAAGUGAAUCAGCCCUUUGAUACAGUAAUAUAAUAAAAGUGAACUGGCAAGCAGCGGGUCUUAGUUUUCUACUUUCUUGUGGGAAUGAGUUGCCAAUCUUUCACCUCGGCUGAUACCUUUAUAACUCUGAAUUCUGACGCUUCUGCUGCCCUGCCUCUGAGAAUGCACCACAGUGCCGCUGAGUGUCUCCCAGCCUCCAACCACGCCACCAACGUGAUGUCCACAGCGACAGGACUUCAUUACUCUGUGCCUUCCUGUCAUUAUGGAAACCAGGCAUCCACCUAUGGAGUGAUGGCAGGCAGUUUAACCCCUUGUCUUUACAAGUUUCCAGACCACACCCUGAGUCAUGGAUUUCCUCCCCUGCACCAGCCUCUGCUGGCAGAGGACCCCACGGCCUCUGAGUUUAAGCAGGAACUCAGGCGGAAAAGCAAAUUGGUGGAAGAGCCAAUAGACAUGGACUCCCCAGAAAUCCGAGAACUGGAGCAGUUUGCCAACGAGUUUAAAGUGAGAAGAAUUAAGUUAGGAUACACCCAGACAAACGUGGGCGAAGCGCUGGCUGCUGUCCACGGCUCAGAAUUCAGUCAAACAACCAUCUGUCGAUUUGAAAACUUGCAGCUCAGUUUCAAAAAUGCUUGUAAACUCAAAGCAAUUUUAUCCAAGUGGCUGGAGGAAGCUGAGCAGGUCGGAGCCUUGUACAAUGAAAAGGUGGGAGCAAACGAAAGGAAGAGGAAACGGAGGACAACCAUCAGUGUAGCUGCUAAGGAUGCUCUGGAGAGACACUUCGGGGAGCACAGCAAGCCUUCCUCGCAGGAGAUCAUGCGCAUGGCUGAAGAACUGAAUCUCGAGAAAGAAGUAGUACGAGUGUGGUUCUGCAACCGAAGGCAGAGAGAAAAACGAGUGAAGACAAGUCUCAACCAGAGCCUGUUCUCUAUUUCCAAGGAACACCUAGAGUGCAGAUAAGGCUUGCCUGUGAUAGCCAUGUGUGGUAGCUACUCCACUUCUUUCAGUUUUCAAGAAAAGUCAGAAGUUAGUCACUUGGUUAAAAACUAGAUUGAAUCAGUAACUCUUGCAGUUUUUGUCUCACUUCUUUAUUUCUUCCCUUCUUUCUUCCCUUCUUUCUUUCCUUAUUUCUGUCUUUCUUUCCUUCCUUCCUUUCUCUCUCUUUCCUUCCUUCCUUCCUUCCUACCUUCUUUCCUUCCUUUCUCUUCCUUUCUUCCUUCCUUCCUUCCUUCCUUCCUUCCUUCCUUCCUUCCUUCCUUCCUUUCUUUCUUUCUUUCUUUCUUUCUUUCUUUCUUUCUUUCUUUCUUUCUUUCUUUCGUUUCUUUUAGAUCCAAUGAUUUAAAAUGAGACAUUUUAUCUAGUUGUUCCCAGAAUUCAUAGCGUUCACUUUAAUCCAAAACACUACCAGGAAAGUUCCUCACAAUACCCCUUCCAAUUCUGCCUCUGCACCUAACACUCAGUGAGGUAGGGGUAACUGGGAGGGAAGCCAGCAUAUAUGUGAAUAUAUUAGUUUACAAUUUCCUUUUGUAAGGCAAUUCAUUGUUGUUGCUGUUUUUUUAAUUUUUAACCUCCAUCGGUACUAGGCAUGCAAGUGGUGCACAGACAUACAUGUAGGCAAAACACUCCUACCCAUAAAAUAAAAUGAAACAAAAUAAAUGAAUCUAUAAAC